UACCCUUGUCUACCGCCCUCCCAAAGGAGAAUGGCAACAGAAAAUCACUCUGCAGUGACAGAGUUCAUUCUUCGGGGAUUAACAAAUCAGCCAGAGCUCCAGCUCCCCCUCUUCCUCCUCUUCCUGGGGAUCUACUCGGUCACCAUGAUAGGGAACCUGGGCAUGAUAACUCUGAUUUGUGUGAAUGCUCAGCUUCACACCCCCAUGUACUACUUCCUCGGCAAUCUGUCACUCCUGGAUCUCUGCUACUCCUCUGUCAUUACCCCUAAAAUGCUGGUGAACUUCGUGUCAGAAAAGAACAUCAUCUCCUAUGCCGGGUGCAUGUCACAGCUCUACUUCUUCCUCGUGUUUGUCAUUGCCGAGGGUUACAUGCUCACAGUGAUGGCCUAUGACCGCUAUGUCGCCAUCUGUAGCCCUUUGCUUUACAACAUCACCAUGUCUCAUCUUGUCUGCUCCCUGCUGGUGGCUGUGGUCUACCUCAUGGGCCUCAUUGGCUCCACCAUUGAGGUUAGCCUCAUGUUAAAACUGCCCUAUUGUGAGGUUCUCAUCAGUCAUUACUUCUGUGACAUCCUGCCCCUCAUGAAGCUCUCCUGCUCUAGCACCCGUGAUAUUGAGAUAACCAUCUUCUUUUUGGCUGGAUUCAACAUCAUAACCACCAGCUUAGCAGUCCUUGUUUCCUAUGCCUUCAUCUUCUCCAGCAUCCUACACAUCAGCACCAGAGAGGGACGGUCCAAAGCCUUCAGCACCUGCAGCUCCCACCUUGCAGCUGUGGGAUUAUUUUACGGGUCAGCUUCGUUCAUGUACUUAAAACCCUCCACAGCCAGUUCCCUGGCCCAGGAGAACGUGGCCUCCGUGUUCUACACCACAGUGAUCCCCAUGCUGAACCCCCUCAUCUAUAGCUUGAGGAAUAAGGAGGUAAAGGCUGCCAUGCAGAAAACCCUGAGGAGAAAAAUAUUUUGA